AUGAUUUCAACAUUUCCGAUUGUUGGGUCAGCUUCUUUUUCUAUAGAUACGGACAGAGAAGCUUUGCUCUCGUUCAGGUCCCAAAUUAGCCAAAACCCACAAUCCCUUUCUUUCUCUUGGGAACAAAACACAACUCCUUGUAACUGGACCGGCGUGUCUUGCAACACACGUAACAGAAGAGUGGCUUCCAUCAACCUCUCUGGUCGUGGUCUCACUGGUUCCAUAAGCCCAAGUAUUGGUAAUCUCUCCUUCCUCACAUCUCUUCAACUUCAAAAUAACCAACUUAGAGGUCCAAUUCCAAAAGAGAUCACAAAUCUUUUUCGUCUAAGGGUUCUUAAUUUAAGCUCCAACAGCUUAGAAGGAUCCUUACCUUCCAACCUAAGCAAGUUAUUCGAGCUACAAACUCUUGAUCUAACCUCAAACACUAUCACAAGUCUCGUUCCAAACCAACUCGGUGAUCUCAAGAACCUAAAUAUCUUAAACUUGGGCAAAAAUCAGUUAUAUGGACCCAUUCCACCAUCUCUUUCAAACAUUUCAUCUCUCACCGUUUUAAGCCUAGGCACAAACUCUCUUAGUGGUCCAAUUCCUUCUGAAUUGGGUCGUCUUCAAAGGCUACAAGUCCUUGAUCUCACCAUAAACAAUCUCACCGGAACAAUUCCUUCUUCUAUCUAUAACAUCUCUUCUCUAGUCUCGUUGGUUAUUGCUUCAAACAACUUAUGGGGUCAAUUUCCUAGCAACAUAGGAGAGAAACUUCCAAAUCUCUUGGUUUUCAACGUGUGUUUCAACAAGUUCAGCGGAGAGAUUCCAGCUUCUCUAUAUAACCUCACAAACAUCAAAGUGAUCCGCGCUGCACACAACCUUCUAGAAGGGACCGUACCAUCAGGACUAGGCAAUCUCCCAUUUCUAGAAAUGUACAACGUGGGAUUCAACAAGUUAGUUUGGGGUAAUGAUCAAGAUCUUGAUCGUUUCAUCAAGUCUUUGAGUAAUAGCUCCAAACUUAACUUUCUUGCAUUUGAUGGAAAUCUCUUGGAGGGUGUUCUUCCAAAUGUGUUAUCCAUGGAUCUAUCCAACAAUAGGCUAAAUGGGAGCAUACCAAAUGGCGUUCUUAACUUGCCUAGCUUGAGUUCUGUCUUGAAUCUAUCUAGAAACCUAUUUACUGGUCCUAUUCCUCAAGAUAUAAGUCGUCUCGAAAGCCUUGUGAGUCUAGAUCUCUCUAGUAACAAGUUUUCAGGCAACAUUCCUUCAAAAGCAAAAAAGUCUAUCGCAUCUACAUCAUCAUCAAAUGCACUCCACAAGGAACCAUUCAUGAAGUAUGGACUUGGAGAAAAGCCAACACCAGCAGGCGAUGUGUACAGCUUUGGAGUGAUGUUGUUAGAGCUCUUGAGUGGGAAAAGCCCAAUGGACGAGAGCUUCGAAGGAGAUCAAAAUCUGCUAAAAUGGAUAAGUGAUGAGUUUCAAAAUAAUGCAAUUGUGGAAGUGAUUGAUCCUAAACUCAAGGGUCUCAUCGAUAUUUCUGGUGCACAACUUCAUACAAAACUUGAUUGCAUUACCAAAAUUGUGGAAGUUGGAUUGGCUUGCACUAAGUAUGCAGCUGGUGAACGGAUCAACAUGAGGGAUGUGCUACGCUUCUUGAAAGAGGCCAAGAACAUACUUAUAAUGAGUCUUCUCUCUUCUUCUUCUGCUCGCAGCUGCAAACUAAUUUGCUCUUCCGACAAGGGCAAUGGAAGUGGAAGAGAAUGGAAAUUUCCAGUUCCUGUAAAGCACAAAGAUUUUGAAUUUCUGAUCAAGAAGUUAACUCCGCCGCUCACGGCGGUUCUACUCGCGGCUUCACCGAUCUGUUACCCUCCAGAAUCUCUCGGGCAAACCUUGGAUAUACAGAGAGGAGCAACACUGUUCAAUAGAGCUUGUAUUGGGUGUCAUGAUACAGGUGGAAACAUUAUUCAACCAGGCGCAACACUUUUCACAAGUGACCUCCAAAGAAAUGAAGUUGAUACAGAGGAAGAGAUAUAUCGUGUUACCUACUACGGAAAGGGAAGAAUGCCGGGCUUUGGGGAGAAAUGCACACCGAGAGGACAAUGUACCUUCGGACCACGGUUACAGGAUGAAGAGAUCAAGAUUCUGGCUGAGUUUGUGAAGUUUCAGGCUGAUCAAGGUUGGCCAAAUGUAUCCACCGAGUAG